GUAAAAACUAAAAUUGUACCCGUAGGAAUACGAUAAUCUUAAACAAUAAAUAUUAAAUAAUAUAAAUUAUAUUAUUAUAUUAUAAUAAAUAAUUAGGCCUAAACUUCUAAACUAAUUAAUAACUUUAUUGAAUCAAUAAAAAUUUAACCAUCGAAGUGUCAAGAUUCUAGAUAUAUUUUAUAUUAAUUAUACUGGUGGCACAUUUGAUUUCAAAUGAUGAAACAAAUAAAAAGACUUUUUGUCACCGUGGGAACCACACAGUUUGAUUCACUGAUCAAAGAGGUUACAUCUGUUCCUGUUUUGGAUGUGUUAGCAAACCUUGGCUUCACUCAUGUAAAUUUGCAAAUAGGAAGAGGAACAUAUGAGCCAACAGAAAUUGCAGAAACAAAUAUUACACCAUGUAUAACCUACUAUCGGUUCAAAGAUUCCCUUGUGGAUGACAUUGCUGAAGCAGACCUUGUUAUUUGCCAUGCUGGUGCUGGAAGCAUCAUGGAUUCUCUAGGGGCUAAGAAACAUGUCUUAGUUGUGAUAAAUGAAGAGCUUAUGGGAAACCACCAAUCUGAGCUUGCUGCCAAAUUGGCUAAAGAUAAUUAUCUUUAUUAUUGUAGUGUUCCCUUACUAUACAAAUCUUUACCAUCAUAUGACUUCAAUUUACUUCAACCAUUUCCACCUGGAGAACCACAUAAAUUUGCUGAUUUUCUAGACAAAACUCUAGGUUUUGUCUAAAAUAAUAUAAUUAUGAAUUGUUCUUGUUACCUGUAGAAGUUAGUUUAAAGUAAGCCUUAUUUUUGCAGUAAUCUGUCCAUCAAUUUCAAAUGUAAAAAUCUAAUUUGAAUUAAUACCUGUUUUUCAAUUGAUUUAUAUAAAUCAUUGAAGAUUAUUUGUGCUGUAUGGCUGGUGUUACUAUUACAAAAUAAAGCUAGCUUCCACCU